GUAAUCACGUGACGUGAGCCAUUGGUGUCGUGUGCGUGGGUUUCUGCGCAAAGAAAAAAAAAAUUCUGUUGUGUGCGUAAAGGAGGAACAAGCGCUUCUCGGCCUACUUGUGUUCAAAAGGCCAAGAAAUACGAUGGAAGGCAGAAACUACGGCUCAGGUUUUUCCAAUUGGGGUGGUGGAGGGUCUGGCAACAGAGGUUCUGGGAACUUUGAUCUAUUUGGUGGGAAUUAUAAGAAUUCCAUGUCGGGUUACGGGGGCUACGGUGGCGGCAACUCCAAGAGAGGCCUCUCUGGGUCAUCCAUGCUGCACCAAAAGAUAACUCAUGCGGACGAAGUGAUUGCCAAGAUUAAUCAGCGCUUGGACAUGCUCACUCAGUUGGAGGGGGGCAUGAAAGGGGGCCGAGGUGACAGGUUUGGCCAGUUCGAGUCUUUCGACUCACUCUCCUCCUCCUCCCGAGAUCUCUACAGAUCUGGUGGCAGUAGCUAUGGUUGUGAUGAUGGCCGUGGUGACAACAUGCUGUUGGGCCAGCGAGGAGGCUCGGGCUUCGGGGGGGGCAUGGGGCAAGGAGGGGGAGGCGGCUUCAACAGCCUCUCCUCUUCCUAUGGAGUUGCUAAAAUGCGACAGAAUAUGAGAGAGUCCUUCACCAGUGGCUCUGGUGGGGGAGGAUGGGCCGGAGCAGGCCGUCGUUCCCCCAGAAGGGGCGGAGGUUCUGGGGGUCGAGGAUCUGGCGGAGGGUUUGGGAGCUACAGGUCAGACCCCAUGUCAUUAGGCGGAGGUGGCCGGGGAAGCGGUCACUCCCCAGGAGGUGGUCGAGGCAAGCUCCCAUCCCUCCUGUCCAACCGCAUGUACUCAGAGAGUGGAGGUUUCCACCAGGGACCCUCCCAAGGGCCCCACGACUUUCCCGGGAGGCAUUUUGGAGGGGGCCCACGGGCCGGCCGCCAGCGAGGCCGCAAGAGACCCCUUAACAAACAGGUAAAACCACAAAAUGAUGUCCAGAAGAAACGAAAGCAGAUGCUCACUCCUGCCGAUGAGCCAGAAUCUAAAAUAAACAAGACUGAAAGCACCGACACUGGCGCUUCUCAAGUGAAAGCAGACAAAAAUGGUGACAACAAUGAGGAGCUUAAUGCAACUGAGGAGACUACUGAUGGCGAUUCAGGUGCGGCGAAACAGGAUGAGGGCGCUGAGAAGAAGGCAGCACAGGACAAGCAAACUUCUCCCCGAGCCCCAGCCAAGUCUGCAAAAAUGAAAAAGAAGAGGGGCUUUCAGGAGAGGGUUAUGUUUGCAUGCUCUGUGUGCAAGUUUCGAUCCUUUUACAAGGAGGAGAUGGAACGUCAUUUGGAGAGUCGCUUCCACAAGGACCACUUCAAGUUCCUCUCAGGCCAGCUGUCCAAGCCGACCACAGACUUCCUGCAGGAGUAUUUGCAGAACAAGUUCCAGAAAACGGACCAAAUGGUCAGGCAGUUGGAGAACCACAGUGCUGCCAUCUGCCAGAUGUACAGAGACCAGGACCUCACUAAGGAUCUUGGCAUGGAGCACUUCUUGAAGAAAGUGGAAGCUGCACACUGCAGUGCAUGUGACAUCUUCAUUCCCAUGGAGCUUCACCUGAUUCAAAAGCACAUCAAGUCCCACGACCACAACUACAAUCGCAAGGGAAUGAUGGAGCAAUCGAAGAGAGCCAGCCUGUCUGUUGCACGCAGCAUCCUCAACCACAAAGUCAUUGGCAAGAAGCUGGAGAGCUACCUCAAGGGAGAAAAUCCAUUUACUGGUAACCAGGAGGGCCAGGAUGCAUCCAACUCCAUGGUGGUCGACGCAACAGAGGAACAGAAGGCGGCCGUCACUGUUGAGAAAGAGUCCGAAGCGGCAGAGGCAGCAGCCCAGCAGGCAGCUGAGGUGGAAGCAGCCGAGGAAGUAAAGAUGGCAGACGACGAGAAGAAGGAGAAGGAGGAGGAGGCAACGCUGGCGGGCAUGGAAGGUGAAGAGGAGGAGCAGGUGAUGCGGGAGGGUGAGGCGGAGGAGGAAGAAGGGUUUGAAGUCGGAGAGGAGGAGGAGGAGGAAGGCGACGUCGAGGGAUACGUGGUCCACGAUGAAGUUGACGACGACGAGGACGGAGCGGAGGUGGCCACCGCUGUUGAAGAUGAUGAGCACAAAGAGUGACUUUUAGAUUCAUUCUCGAUGGCGAAUGAAGCAGACACAUGACACACAACGAAACAAUAUGUAACCAAUUUUUCACUUCCUUCCACAUUCAUGUUCGUGUAUAUACUUUGUGGAGUAGUUUGACAUGCAUUUGGAAAAUGGCAGUUUGAUACCAAUCCAUACUAUACAAAAACAUGUUUAUUGCUUUUAUUUUUUGUGUGCCUUUUUGUUCGUUAAUCUUAAUUGUCAUUACUUUGUUCAAUAGUUUCAAGGCAAUUUGUAUGUAUAAAACAGUUUUGUCAGCCUACAAAUAGCAUUCUGCCCAUUGCUAAUAUUAAUGGUUAGUUUUUACCCAGCUGUCAACUUUUUUUGUUGUUUUACAGCCGGGGUGAAUUGAACAAUUGUCUGUUUCUUCUCAAUAUAAAUGUAAGUAUUCUACAGUGUCAUGAAUAAACUUGAGUAAACAACCGUA